UGAUAUUUUCUGGCUCUAUAGAGAUGGAUAGGAUAAUCUAGAUAGCGGCAUUUUUUGGUAGAAGAUCAAGAGAGGAGAGGGCUCGAGAGGCGCCGAGAGGCGAAGAUCCAAUCCCCUCGCUGGGCGCGCAAUGGCCGCCGUGGUGAUGGACUGCUCGGCUGCCAGGAAGUCGAUCGGCGCGGCAGCGAUGCUGGCGGCAGCGGCGGCCGAGCCGGGGUCGAGCGCUGUCUAUGGCAGAUUGCGCGUCCAGAGAAUCCGGAGCUGCUGGCUAGGGUUAAGAGUGGGGAAUGCUCGCGGAGGGAUCACCUGCCGGCAGCAACGUCAAUCGCUGGUGGUUUGUAGCAGUAGCAGCAGCUGGUCCAGCAAGCCCGGCAAGGAUGGGGGCGAGGAGGACGAGUUCCAAGAAGCUCCAGCCGAGGAUUAUUUGCAAGCGCAGGUCGUGGAUGCUGUGAGUAUGCUGCCACUACACGGACGAUUGUUCAUGACUCUGUCCAGUGGAAGAGAAGUUGAGGUCAAUCACGUCCAUCCUUCCAAAGGCAGGCUUUUGUACAGAGCGAGGAAUCCAGCCAUUUUUCUCAAGGUUCUCAGCGACUCGGACGUCCUGCUCCCAAUUAUUGUAGGCGAAACGGCCGUGACCAUGCUCAUGAAAGCACUCCAUGACGAAGAGAAAUCGGGCCGUCCAAACCAUUAUCAAUUGCUGAGACAGAUUGUUGGUGCGCUAGACUUCGAGGCAAAAAUGGUCAGGAUCACUGAGCGAGUCAGGGACACAUACUAUGCCCGCAUUUACUUUGGCCAAGAUGGCAAGAAAGCGCUCACUAGCGUAGACGCCAGGCCUUCGGACGCGAUCAACUUCGCUGUAAGAAGCAAGAUUCCAAUCUUCGUGAACAAGUCUAUAGUCGAAAGUGAUGCCGUGAGGCCAGUCUACUCGACUCCCGUGCCCUGGGACACCACUGGCGAGAGGAGCCGAAAGUCUUCCUAUCUUGAUAGUCCUGAUGACGCUCAUGAUCCAAUCGCGGAAGAGAUCACUCUAAUGAAGGACAUGCUCAUGGCUGUGGUGGAGGAGCGAUAUGCGGAUGCUGCUCGAUGCCGGGACCAGCUUAACAAGCAUCGCCUCUCGUGCAAGAUGAAACAGCAGUCGCUAUAGAAGGAUAGCAUUGAAGGAAACUCGACGACAACAUGAACAACGCAAUGGCGACUGAAAUAGAUGAGGGAUUGAUUCAAGCAGCUGAUAUUAAAGUAAAGCUAGUGUACAUACUGUGCAGUGUGCCGUAAGUUAUAUAUGCCUGUGUAGCUGGGACUACAGCAUUUAAUCAAUCGUGGUAAAAAAAUCACUAUUGGAUA